UCUUCGAUCUUCCUCGUGGGCACCGUGGGCAACAGCCUGGUGCUGGCCGUGCUGCUCCGCAGCGGCCGGGCGGUCAGCACCACCAACCUGUUCAUCCUCAACCUGGGCGUGGCCGACCUGAGCUUCAUCGUGUGCUGCGUGCCCUUCCAGGCCACCAUCUACACCCUGGACGGCUGGGUGUUCGGCUCCCUGCUCUGCAAGGCCGUGCACUUCCUCAUCUUCCUCACCAUGCACGCCAGCAGCUUCACGCUGGCCGCCGUCUCGCUGGACAGGUAUCUGGCCAUCCACUACCCGCUGCGCUCCCGCGAGCUGCGCACGCCUCGCAACGCGCUGGGGGCCAUCGGGCUCAUCUGGGGGCUGUCCUUGCUCUUCUCCGGGCCCUACCUGAGUUACUACCGCCAGUCGAGGCUGGCCAACCUGACCGUGUGCCACCCGGCGUGGAGCGCGCCCCGACGCCGCGCCAUGGACCUCUGCACCUUCGUCUUCAGCUACCUGCUGCCCUUGCUGAUCGGCAAACCCGCCGCCGCCGCCGAUGCGUGUGGCACCGACAGGCAGGUUAAGCACUCGAUACAGUGGGUCGAUGACGGACGCAGACACUAUGUUCCUAGUAGCGUUCGUGUUGCCUACAGACUGUAA